AUGGAUCCGGUCUACGUGUUCGUGAAACAAGUCUACAAGAUGUUUGACGAGAACCCGACGGACUUGGGGAACCUAUACCUGGAAGGAUCGAUGAUGACCUUCGAGGGCCAGAGGAUCAUGGGCAAGGAUAGUAUCCUCGCCAAACUCAUCUCCCAUCCCUUCACACGGUGCCAGCACAGGAUCAACUCCGUCGACUUCCAUACCUCCGACGCCGCCGUUGGCUGGCUCGUUCUCGUCAGUGGUGUGCUCGACUUCGACUGGCUAGACGGCGAGCGGCAGGCCCUCAAUUUCACCUAG